AAUCUUCAUGGAUUCGCCUGGUGCAGCAUACACUCAGUUUGGGUUUAGUCUCUUCCAAAAGCUGAAUAAAAUACAAGAUGGCAACAUUUUCUUUUCCCCUGUGGGCAUUUCAGCUGCCAUUGGCAUGCUCGUCCUGGAGGCCCAAGAAGCUGCCUCGGUCCAGUUACAGAAGAUGCUUUUCUCUGAAAAAGAUGCAGAGGGCUCAAAAGUCAAAACCGAAGAACAAAUGGUGAGGAGACAGGUAGAGGGGGAGAGAAUUGACAAGACAGAAGAAAUACAUCACCAAUUCCAAGAGUUUCUGGAUGAGAUAGGCAAACCCACUAGUGAUUUUGAACUAAAAAUAACCAACAAGCUAUUUGGAGAAAAGACAUACCUCUUCCUUCAAAAAUACUUAGAUUACGUGGAAAAAUAUUACCAUGCCUCUCUGGAACCUGUUGAUUUUGUAAAUGCAGCAGAUGAAACUCGAAAGAAGAUUAACUCCUGGGUUGAAAGCCAAACAAAUGAAAAAAUCAAGGACCUGUUUCCAGAUGGUUCUCUAAACAGCUUCACCAAGCUGGUGCUGGUGAACAUAGUUUAUUUUAAAGGGCAAUGGGACAGGGAGUUUAAGAAAGAAAAUACCAAGGAGGAGGAAUUUUGGCUGAAUAAGAGUACAAGCAAAUCUGUGCCAAUGAUGACACAGUGCCAUUCUUUUAGCUUCACUUUCCUGGAAGACUUACAAGCCCAAAUCCUGGGGAUUCCAUAUAAAAACAACGACUUAAGCAUGUUUGUGUUGCUGCCCAAUGACAUUGAUGGUCUGGAUAAGAUUAUAGAUCAAAUAACUCCAGAAAAAUUAAUAGAGUGGACAAGCCCUGGGCAUAUGAAAGAAAGGAAUGUGAUAUUGCACUUGCCCCGGUUUGAAGUGGAGGAUGGUUAUGAUCUGGAGGCCGUCUUGUCAGCCAUGGGGAUGGGGGAAGCCUUCAGCGUGUGCAGAGCUGACUAUCCUGGGAUGUCCUCGCACUCCAGGCUGCACGCACAGAAGUUCCUGCACAGGUCGUUUGUGGUGGUAACCGAGGAAGGCACGGAGUCUUCGGCAGCCACCGGUGUGGGCUUUGCUCUCACCUCAGCGCCAGGUUGUGAACAUUUUUAUUGCAAUCACCCUUUCCUGUUCUUCAUCAAGCACCAGGAAUCCAACAGCAUCCUCUUCUUUGGUAGAUUUUCUUCUCCUUAG